AUGGGUACCGUUGUUUGCAGCCGAUGUUCUGACACAGGUGACUCCGUGCCCAAACCAUGGACAACUUGGACCUGGGGGGCGACCGAGGACGUAGUGUUCAGCGAGGAGGAUCUGGUUGUUGCCCGGGCGGCCACGGCAGCUGGCACGCUUUUGGAUCAGCUCCAAGGCAAGUGGGUUCGUCAGGAUGGCUUCUUUAUGGGCGUGCUCACGAACGGCCGCCUACGAUGGGGUGAAGCCUUCCGAGGUGACUCUCAGAGUCUACUGGAAGAGGCCGGGCCCAACAAGGUGCACCUCCGACUUGCCAAUGAGAUCCACGAAGGAAGUGUUUAUGUAGGCCGCCGCAUGAGCAUCCACUGGGCAGACGGUGCACCACAGCAAUUGCUUUAUGCUGUCGUGGUUUUGCAGGGGUACAGUGCCAUUCGCAAUCCUGUCAAUCGAUGCUGGAACCAAUUUUCCCGCGCGCCCCUCGCAGACCGGCACAAUGCAGGCUGCCUUGCUCAGAUGGGGCGCUUCCCAGGAUACGCUGGCUAUGGCGGCGGCUAUGCUGAUGGAUUUGGUGCUUAUGCCGGGAUGUACCCCCAGGCCAGCUCCACAUGGGUGCCGAACUUUGGAAAAGGAAAAGGCGAAGGCCGAGGUCGAGGCAGGGGAAAGGGCAAGGGAAAGGGCUACGGCUACAAAGGAGCCCGUGAUUGGGACGAGAGUGAUCCGCGUCGUCAGAUAGAGCUUGCGCAGCGUCGAGCUAAGCAGCGGGAUCAGUCGGCCAUCAGUCAGGCCCAGCGCUCGGCGCAGCUGCGUUUUGAGAAAGAUCUGCUCGACAGGGUCCAGGGGAGGUGGAUUGACGAGGAAGACCCAAGUGUGACCUAUGUCGUGGAGGGUGGUAUUUGUGCUGUUUCUGGCGGCGAAAACAUACGGACCUUCCGAAAUCGGUUGAGCGUCUACGGUGGCGAGCUUUGCUGGGACGCAAGAAGAUUCUGGCACAACCUGAACUUCAGCGCUUUGCCUCCUCCGGAGGAGCAGGUGAACAGAGUUGAGUGGAACCCAGCGCAGGGAUCUCCACCAACAAAGCAGAUCAUUUGGGUUCGGGCCCCUGACAUUGAAGAGGCGGUUGGUGAGGGUGCGGAGGGGGACACCUUGGAGGCUGACUGGAGAGUCGCAGCUCAGACUUUGCAAGGGCCUGGCAAGCGCAUGGAAACAGGAGUUGGCGAACAUCACUUGCACAACUCGGCAUCGCAGCAGAUGGAGCGAUCGGCCAGGUACGGCUUAAGUCUUGGCGUCGACUUGGAGAAUGAGGACUACAUGGAGCUAGUCCAGGAGGCAUGGAACGCGCCGCUGCCAGCGAGUUGGACGGAGUACAUGGAUGAGUCGGGACGUGCUUACUAUGUGAAAGAAGGAGCAAGCAGCUCGACAUGGGAGCACCCAGCAGACCAGAUCUACCGCAACCUCAUCGAUUUAAUCCGGAAGGCCCGCGUUGAGGUCAUGCCGCGCAGGCAGGAGAUGGUUCGGGAACACCUGCGAGAGAGGCACGAGGCUGCCAAAGCCGACCUUGCAGGCUGGAGUGGACCAUAUGUGUCUGACCAGGGUGAGUACUACUACCACGACAGCUUGAAGGUCAGCGCCUGGAACAGUCCCAUUGCGGAGUGGGAGCACGAACUGGAAACACGCCAUGCCGUACUGCAGAGGUACCUUCUGUCGGAGCUGCAGGUAACACCCAGUGGCGAAGCUCCCCAGCGGCGUCCAGACAUGCUCCAGGUGCUGAGACUGGAGCUGGGCAACUUGCGGAAGGACCUGUGUGAGGUUCCAGAACCCUCGACGUGCCGCUCGUAUCACACGGCGCGAUCGGGUACUUCUUCUCGGUCCGGGCGAUCCAAGCACAGCCUCGGAGACAAGGAGCGGCGCAAGGAGAGGAAGCGCCAUGGAUGCAGGAAUGCUUGCAGAGACCUGCUAGCUGCUAGCUGCUAG